AUUUCAAUCAAUUGUAGCAUAGUAUGUAAAGAUCAGAGUUAUUGUCACAUUAUCUCGAUUACGUAACUCGAGAAACAGUUGGUGUUUUGCGUUUUGAGUUUUUAUCACACACAUUCCCAACUGUCGGCUAUCUUCAUCAUCAGUUAGUAAACAAUGGCGGGUAGAUUGUUCGCAAGUCGUUUGCGACCUGUUGUUCAACUCCAGAGAUGUGGAAUAAUGACAUUAGACAGAAUUGGUAACAGGGAUGUAGUUGGUUUUGGAUACAAUGGUGAACCUUCUUACUUAGACAGAGUAGAUUUUCCUUGUCCUGCGAUACGUUGGAAGGAAAAUUCUCCAGAUAUUAUGGCACUCAGAGAGAAAGAAAAAGGUGAUUGGAAGAAACUUUCUAUCGAAGAGAAAAAAGCUUUAUAUCGUGCUAGCUUCCGACAAACAUUCAGUGAAAUGGAAGCACCAACAGGAGAGUGGAAAGGUGUCGUUGGAAUGAGUUUUAUAUUUGUGAGCUGUGGUUUAUGGUUGUACAUGUACUUUAAAGUAUUUGCCUAUCCAGAGUUGCCAGAAAGUUUCUCAUUAGAGAGCAGACUAGCACAGUUGGAUCGUAUGAAGAAGCUAGACAUGAAUCCUAUUGAUGGAUGGAAUCCACCUGGGAAAAAAUAUUAUUAAAACUCGUUUACUAUAUAUAUAAAAUAUAAAUAAUUAGUCAUUGUGUACUAUAAACUUCUUGGAUGCACUUGUCUAUGUACAAGUGAUAGAAUUCUAAUAAAUACUAUGUGAUCAAAUUGGAAAACACUAUUUGAAAAAAUA